AUGAUUAUAUACACGGCCCGUGCUCCCCGGCGGGCAGUAGCCAGCGCGCUGCUGUCCGCCUACAUCCUCCGGGUGUUCACACCCUCCACCCUCAGCACUUAUCGUCUCUACCUCAUCGAGCAUGUCCUAGCCCACUGCCUGCUCGAGCUCGUCCUCGUCGUCGUCUACUGUCCCUACUUUGCGUACGCGGAGAAUGUACCAUUCGUCGGGUCGAUAUCGAUUUGCGCGUGGAUCAGCGACCAGAUCUCGUAUCUAUACUUUCCGUUCAUCGGCAUGUUCGGGAUUAGCUUCCCGUUACGGGCAAACUAUCGUUGUUAUUACCACCGCAUGUAUGUGCUUUUGAACCCCUGGGAAAAGAAAAUUCAUAAAUACAUUUUUACAACGUAUGAUGUCUCAUCCAUGAUACUAUCAAAUGUCGUGAUAGUCAUCUUGGUCUACAUGUCGAUCACGGGCCAGGAUGGCCUUCAGGACCGAUUGGCAGCGGAAGGGAUUGCCGUGAAAUUUUCACACGUCGACCGCACGAUCGUUACGUUUCAAUCGGAGGAGAAACAGAACCUGCUCGUCUGGGCAAUCUCUGUGUAUUUAUUUAGCUACUGCACGGCCGUGGGCUAUAUAAUUCUCCGAACCUUAUAUACUCUAAUGCGAGUCCGCAAGAUCAUGUCACAACGGACGCGGAAGAUGCAUUUUGUGCUAUUUUUCCAGAUUGUUAUUAAGACCAUCUUCCUCCUCGCCGUAGCCGGGAUCCCGGUGGUGCUCAUGUCUUGGGUAAUCUUUGCCCACACAUUAAUGCUAGAAGGCGGCUGGCUGAAUACUUAUAUGAAUGUCUUCAACUGGAUCAACGUGAUGAUCGCCAUGCAGAGCGGCAUUACCAUGUCUAUUCUCGUGAUCGUGUUGGCGGCUCCUUACAGAAAAGGUUUCCGCUACCUCCUCUUCCGAUUCCUCAGCAUGGUCACCGGACGUGAAUUUGCGGAGAAUUCGAUGCCGAUGCUCGCCGAGCAAUCGCAAAUGACCAGAGCGCCCAGCCUGUUCGUCUCGACCGUCGGCACUACAGUUACGGUGACAGGGGCACAACGACGGGUGCGGCCCAUGAAAAUCACGAUUGGCGUCACAAAU